CGGGCCUGUGCUCUUUGCAGGAGAAGCAGAGGACCGCGGAUGAUGGCGAGCUCUGUGGAGACAGCCCUGCUUCGCCUGGAGGAAGUCUUUGCCGCCACCUUGGCCCGCAUGGACACCCUUCUCCUCCAGCCCCUUCUCUCUGCGGAAGCGCAGCCCUCGGAGCACUUGCAGCUCGUGCAGCGGCUGCAGGAGAGCGCCCGGGGCCUGCGGGAGGUGACCGACCGCAGCCUCCGGUCCCUGCGACACAGGCUGCGGCGUCCGUCCGGCAGCCUGAAGACCCUGCUGUUGCUGAACGGGGCGGACCAAGUCCUGAAGGCCUACGUCGAGUACAUCGACUCCUACACGAACUGCGUCGUCUCCCCGGCCUUCGAGAAGGCGAUAAAGAGGAGGAGCGAGUACUGGCGGGGCCAGAGCAAGGCCCUGCGGCAGACGCUGGCGGGCGUGAGCCCCGAGGGCCCCCCGGCCGCCAUGUUGGCCCAGGCGCUCUGCCAGCCGCUGACCCAGCACGUGCAGCAGUACCUGAUUCACCUCCUGUGCCUGAGCGACAGACUGGAGGAGGGCCACCCCCACCGGGCGCUGGUGACGAAAGCCAUCGGCCUCUUUGGGGAUCUGCAGUUGUUCAUGAGACAGGCGCUGGACCAGGCAGCGGCCACCCAGAGCCUCUGGCCCACCCUCAGCGGCCGACCCAGGGACGCGCUCUGCACCCCCGCCCGCCGCCUCCUGCUGGACAGCCAGGACGUGCCCGUGACGGUCACCCCACUCCGGGCGGAUCGCGUGCUGCUUUUCGAUGACGUUCUCGUCCUGCUUCAGGGCCACGGCGUCCAGGCUUUCGAUCUGAAGCUGGUGUGGGUGGAUUCCAGGCAGGAUGAGUGCGGAUGCUCCAUCGUGACCCCCGAAGAGGAGUUCUCCUUGCGUGCCAGGGGCCCCGAGGGCCAGGAGACCUGGCGGUGGAAGGCGGUGGCGGCCGUGCGCCAGGCCCUGCGGGGGAAGAAGGACUUCCCGGUGCUGGGGACCGGCCUGGAGCCGGCGGCCCCCCCUGCCCCCCCUGCCCCCCGCCGCCGCGGGGCCCACACCUUCCGCCGGGAGGGGGCGCUGUGCGGGGCCACCUACGAGGGGGACUGGCGCUGGGGCCGGCCACACGGCAAUGGGACCCUCAAAUGGCCGGAUGGACGGAACCACGCGGGGGAGUUCCGCGGUGGCCUGGAGCACGGCUUAGGUAUCCGCCUGCUGCCCGCGGGCGCCGAGGACGCGUUCGACUGCUACAAGUGCCACUGGCGAGAGGGGCGCAUGCGCGGCUACGGCGUCUGCGAGUACAGCACGGGGGAGAUCUACAGGGGCCACGUGGAGGCCGGCCUGAGGCACGGCUUUGGGGUUCUGGAGAGCGAACCCCACGCCCCCCGGGGCUUUAAGUACACCGGCCAUUGGGAGGGGGGGCAGAGGAACGGCUUCGGGGUCCAGGACGACGCCGGCAGGGGCGAGCGCUACAUUGGCAUGUGGCUCGCCGAUCGCCGCCACGGGCCCGGCAUUGUGGUCACCCAGGCGGGGGUCUGCUACGAGGGAACCUUCCAGAUGGACAAGAUGGUGGGCCCCGGCGUCCUCCUGUUUGAAGAUGACUCCUUGUACGAAGGCGCCGUCACCAGGGACCUGAAGCCCACGGGGAAGGGCACGUUCACCUUCCCCAAUGGCUUUGUCCUGGAAGGUCUGCUGAGCAAUGGGCCAGGAGGUGGGCUGUCCACACAGGGGGUACUGGACACCUCGGCCCUCCCUCCCGAUCCAAGCCACACCUGGAAGAGGCAGCUGGGCGUGGAUGCCUUCCCCAGGGAGCACCGCUGGCACGGUGUCUUCGACCCCUUCUGGGCCUUUGUGGGCGAGGGCUGCCCGGGGGAGCUCCUGGAGGCCGUGCUGGGGUUCCACGUGCACAGACUGAAGGAGCUUCGCGGGCCCCAGGAAGGCCUGUGCUGUCAGAGGGGCGGCCCGGAGGACGGCGCGGGAGCCAUGAAUCGAGUCCUGGAAGAGAUCCUGCACCACCGGGAGCCUGAGGCCUUGCAGCCCUUCCUCAGGAAGGCGCUGAGCGACGCCCGGCACCCGCUGGGGAAGCUGCUGCGGGCGCUGGCGCUCACCUUCCAGGCCGCGUUCACGGGCGUGGGGGCCAAUAAGCACCUGCAGGGCCUGGCCUGCGACGAGGUGAAGCAGCACGCCCGGGGGCUCUGGGCGGCCUACAGGGCUCUGCUGCGGGUGGCCUUGGAGAGCAAGGGUCAGGCCUUGGAAGAGGAAGACGAAGACACGAGAAACCAGCAGGUGCACGGCGUGAUGCUGCCGCUCGUGCUGCCCAGCUUCUACUCGGAGCUCUUCACGCUCUACCUGCUUCUCCACGAGAGAGAAGACAGCCUCUACAGCCAGGGCUUCACCCACCUGAGCCUGCUUCCCGACGCCAAGCUGCUGGAGUUCCUGAACGUGCGCAAGCGUUUUUGGCCCCUCAGUGAUAUCAAGCUGACGAGCGAACAGAGCUCUUCCCCAGCCGGAGACGCGUGCUUCCUGUCCGCCACCCGCUGUCUGCAGAAGAUCCUCACCACGGUGGAUCCCCGCGCCAAGUUGGAGGUGCUGGAGGGGACGUUCCGGGAGGUGGAGGCCACGGUGACCCGGCUGCUGGGCCGGGAGCACAAGCUGGCCAUGGACGACUUCCUGCCCCUGCUCAUCUACGUGGUGUCGCGCGCCCGCAUCCAGCAUCUGGGGGCCGAGCUGCACCUGCUCCGGGACAUGAUGGAGCCGGGCCACGCGGGCGGCCUGCACGACUUCCUGCUCACGGCGCUCGAGUCCUGCUACGAACACAUCCAGAAGGACUACAUCAGGCUGCACCGGCUGCCGGCCCGCUGGGACUCCACGAAGCUCUGGUAGCCCGGUCGUUCCGGGGGGGCCUCGCGCCCGU